UUUUCCAAUGUCAACUAUAAGCUGGACUGAUGAGAAGUACUUUCGGCGGGUGAAAUGGCAAUAUAUGGUGUUGGAUGAAGCCCAAGCAAUUAAAAGUUCAAACAGUAUAAGAUGGAAGACACUGCUUAGUUUUAAUUGCCGAAAUAGGCUUCUGCUUACUGGCACUCCAAUCCAAAAUAAUAUGGCAGAGUUGUGGGCCUUACUACAUUUCAUUAUGCCAACCUUAUUUGAUAGUCACGAACAAUUUAAUGAGUGGUUUUCUAAAGGAAUUGAGAGCCAUGCAGAACAUGGUGGUACUUUGAAUGAGCACCAGCUUAACCGAUUGGUAAGCAUCUUUUAUGUAACAUUAUUUUUAUUUGAAACAAAACAAUACUAUUGGUGUCUUUUUCAUCAGGUCUUGUAAGUGCCAUUAUGGUUUUGGACUGUCAAA